AUGGUCGCUCUGAAGGCUGAUGACCUGGUCAUUAAGAGGUUCCCAAAUUUGACCAGAAUUGAAAGCGAAGUGCCCGCUGCGGAGGUAGCCGGCAUCAUCUCAGGAGGUAUAACUGUGAUUGUGUUCGCCGCCGUGAUAGGAGUCCUGUGCUGGAGGUUUCCCUCAUGUAGGUCAAGGUCGUUCUGGGACAAGAACAUCAAGAGGGCUUUGAGGAAAGUUUACGGCAAAUGCAAGAAAAAGAAAGUGAAGGAAGAGAAAAAGAGCCUCAUCAUCGGCCCAAUGAUACGGAAGAGAAGCAGAGACGAGCCGCCAUUCGUGGUUCCCCAGAUUUUCGUCGACUACGGGAGCAGACGAACGUCUUACGCGUCUGCCUCUGAUCACAUGAUGCUCGGCGCACUCGCCCUUGACCUUCGGAGGUCUUCCGGCAGCAGCGCAGGGAGCAGACGGACUUCUUUGGCUUCUGAUUCGGACAGGUAGGUUACUGGGUG